GCAAACAUUCGUGUCCUUCUCUCGGCGCUCGACGCAACGGGUGUUGAAUGCGACAGAGCGCGGCCGUUCGACCACAUGUUAUCAAUAACCGCAGAAAACUUCGAAGAAGUUGUGAAAAUAUCUGCCGUUUAAACCCAGUUUCAUGGAAGAUUCUGGUGAGCCCAUGACGGGGAUGCUGGACACGAAUGCCCCUGAUAACGGGGACGCUCCUGCUAUGGAGGUCGCAGGGGUCGAUGAUGUCACGGAGCCGACGGUGGCACAGGCUCCUCCUCUGCCGAAUCCGGAAAGCCACGAGUGCGAGCAGAUCCAGCAGGCGUCUGCAUCGGAGCAGUACCAGCUGUACUCGACGGAGCAACUCCAGUCUGCAGCGGAGAACGACGACACCACAGCCAGUCCUUCAGGGCCCAGUGCGGAGAGCCUCGGGCAGCAGCCGGAGUCAAACGGACAGCACAUGGAGCCGGACGCGGCGAAUCAGGACUCGGAGAGCCCUUCCAAUAUGGAGCUGGAGGACGCCCCUAAAGAAACACCAGAAGCGGUGGAACCAGCGACAGACGCAGAUCCCGCACAAGAUCCCGCGCUCCCUGCAGAUUACGAGCGGCUCUUUAAAGUUGUGGAGGACAAUCCUGAAGACUUCAACGGCUGGGUCUACCUCCUGCAGUAUGUUGAACAGGAGAGCCACCUGGAGGCUUCAAGGAAGGCGUUUGAUGCCUUUUUCCUGCACUACCCCUACUGUUACGGCUACUGGAAGAAGUAUGCUGAUAUCGAGAAGAAACACGGCUACAUACACAUGGCUGAUGAGGUUUACCGCAGAGGUCUGCAGGCCAUUCCGCUCAGCGUCGACCUGUGGCUUCAUUAUAUCGCUUUCCUGCGAGAGAACCAAGACACCAGUGACGGCGAGGCAGAAAACCGCAUCAGAGCGUCCUAUGAGCACGCAGUUCUGGCCUGUGGCACGGAUUUCCGCUCCGACCGUCUGUGGGAGGCUUACAUCGCCUGGGAGACGGAGCAGGGCAAGCUGGCCAACGUCACAGCCGUCUACGACCGCAUCCUCUGCAUUCCCACCCAGCUGUACUCGCAGCAUUUCCAGAAGUUCAAAGAGCACGUCCAGAGCAACAACCCCAAGCACUUCCUGUCUGAGGAGGAGUUCGUGCAGCUGAGAGUGGAGCUGGCUAACGAGAACAAGCCUAGCGGAGACGACGCGCCGGGCGAAGAGCUUCCGCCGGGGACGGAGGACCUGCCGGAUCCUGCCAAGAGAGUGACGGAGAUCGAGAACAUGAGGCAUAAGGUGACCGAGACCCGCCAGGAGGUGUUUAACCACAACGAGCAUGAAGUCAGCAAGCGCUGGGCCUUCGAGGAAGGGAUAAAGCGUCCGUACUUCCACGUCAAAGCCUUGGAGAAGACCCAGCUGAACAACUGGAGGGAGUACCUGGACUUCGAGCUGGAGAACGGGACACCGGAGCGCGUGGUGGUUCUGUUCGAGCGCUGUCUGAUCGCCUGCGCGCUCUACGAGGAGUUCUGGAUCAAGGUAGCUACACGCAGCUGCCGCUCGCGCCUCAUUCCCUCUCUCCACCCUUUGACCUCCCUCAUCACCUCCACAGUAAAACUUGCUGCACUCUUUGCGUGUAACGUUGAUAUUUGGGAUGUGUCUACAGGCGACAUCGAGGAGGCGCGGCGGAUCUUGAAGGCGAUGGAGGAAGCUGUUCCCGGACUGGCGAUGGUGAGGAUGAGGAGGGUGAGUCUGGAGCGUCGUCACGGAAACAUGGAUGAAGCGGAGGCCCUGCUGAGAGACGGCAUCACUAACGGGAAGAACAGCAGCGAGGCGUCCUUCUACGCCGUGAAACUGGCCCGACAGCUGGUCAAAGUGCAGAAGAGCAUCGGGAAGGCCAAGAAAGUGCUGCUGGAGGCCGUCGAAAAAGAUGAGACGAACCCGAAGCUGUACCUGAACCUGCUGGAGCUGGAGUACAGCGGCGAUGUGCAGCAGAACGAGGCCGAGAUCAUGGCCGGCUUCGACCGAGCUCUGAGCAGCACGAUGCCUCUGGAGCAGCGCCUCAUCUUCUCCCAGCGCAAAGUCGAGUUCCUGGAGGACUUCGGCAGCGACGUCAACCUGCUGGUGGCGGCGUAUGAACAGCAUCAGAGACUUACAACGGAGCAGGAGUCGCUGAAGAGGAAAGCAGAGAACGGCUCAGAGGAGCCGGACUCAAAGAGACAGCGGACAGACGACCAAUCAGGAGCCUCGGCUCAGAUGAUGCAGGACAUGCAGGCCAAUCACGCCGGAUACAACUACAACAACUGGUACCAGUAUAACUCGUGGGGCGGUCAGAACUCCUGGGGUCAGUACGGUCAGUAUAACCAGUACUACCCACCGCCUCCAACAUAACGGAGCCUUCCGGCUGUUUCUACUGCUCCUUCAGCUUCAACAUUCAUCCCGUCUCCAGUCACACAGUGCGUGUGUGUGUGUUAUAUUUUGUUUUUUGCAUUUUUCCGUCUAAGUGCAAGUGCGUUUUUAAUGAGCUGAGUUGGUUUAGUGCUUCUGGCGGUUUAGUUGUGUUCGCUGAGAUUGACAUUUGUAUGGAAGACUUCAUCUCAUCUCUGCUCCUCAGUGUGAUCCUGUUUUCAGAGAGAAACGUGACAUGAAGAUGUUUUUUAUUUUGACUUGGUUUCAUAAUAAAGAGAUUGACAUCCUAA